CCCUUCAAUUGCCCUCCAAUCGCGCCAAUUGAUCGAUAAUCCGCUUAUCCCCUUCUUCUCCUCCUUCUUCGCGUCUUCGUCUCGGGAUCAUUACAAAGCAAUUAGAGCACCACAUUUUAUUAUCCCAGACUGAUCUACUUCUUUCACGACCAGCCCGAACCCGCGCACGCUCAUCUCUCCUCCUCUUCCUCCUUCCCCUCUUCCCUUCUUCACACACAGUUCCUCACUCACACACUCAUACCCUUUCUCCACGUCUUCAGUAUUACGAUUAUGAUGGAGCCAGAGCUGAUGCAACAACUGAGGGUCGAGAACCCUCUGGAGGAACCCGAGCUGAGACUGGAUGGACUUCAGAUCCCCUCGAUUCAAGUCCUGCUCGAGCCACCAGCACCCCAAGCGAAUGAGAGUGAUGACGAAGACGAUGGGUCGUAUUCGCCUUUGCAAGAGUUCCAGAACCUGGUCACCCUCACUAUGAGCAACGCACAGUGCCAAAGUUUGGAGGGCUUCCCCAACCUGCCCUUGUUGCGAUCGUUGAUGCUGGCCGAUAACGAUCUGUCCGGGGGAUUUGAGGCGCUGGCCGAGGCCGAUCUGCAGAACCUGGUGCGCCUGGACUUGAGCGGGAACAAAAUCUCGAACAUGAACGUCCUUCAGCCUCUUGAUGCACUCGAGAAUCUGGCGCAUAUCUUGCUGGUCGAUAACGAGAUCGCGAAAGCAGAUAACUAUCGCGAUGCCGUGUUCGAGAUCUUGCCUCAAUUAAUCACUAUUGAUGGACUGGACAGAGACGGAACAGAACUCGAUGUAGAUGACGAUGAUAUUGGUGAGGCCAUAUCCGGUGAUGAGGAAGAGGAUCAAUAUGCAGAGGGCGAGGUUGAGGGCGAGGAUGAGGGUGAAUAUCAGAUUGAUGAUGCGGAAGUGGGACAAGAUGAGGAUGAGGACGAGGACGAAGAAUUCGAUGAGGAAGCGCAAGAGGGUCGGCCUUCUCGCGACGAUGAAAGCGAAGAUAUCGGAAGCGAAGACGAGAACGAUGAAGAGGAGGAGAGAGAUGAGGACAUUGAAUCCAACAGCGACUCUGAGCUCGAGGACCAGGAGAAUCGCCGUCCAAUGGUUGGCGGUAAGACCGCAGGAGACUCUCAGCAGAUUGAUGACGACGAGGAGGACGAUGAUGAACUCGAGGACGAGGAAGACGAUGAGAAUGCUCGACAACAACAUCACCAAGAAGUCGGAUCUGGAUCUGACGAGGAGGAAGAGGAGGAGGAUGAUGAUGAUGAAGAAGAGGAUGAAGAUGAAGAAGAGGAAUAUGAUGACCCGGACGACGGAGAGGAGGAAGGCCCCGGAUUGGCAUACCUUCUCACCGAUGAUAUUCCUGAUGAUAAUGACGAAGAAUUCGAGCCCGGAAACGAGGCCGAGGAGGAGAGCGAGAUCGAGAGCUCGGAUGAGGAAGAAUUUGGAUCAAGCAGCGCGCACGCGACUUCGCGCUCCUCUGCCGCGACAAGCACUAGCAGCAACACCAAUGGCCACCCAACAAAGCGCCCACGGUCACCUACAGAGACAGGAGCAUCAGGGGACUUUGAUCAUGGCCAGGCAGCAGCGGGAUUCGACGUGGAUGGGGAUGAUACGACCAACGGAUUCGGCAUGGGCUCGUUUGAUGGACCAGCGACCUUUGACGAUGAAACGACGCAUGAGGCCAAGCGACCACGUACAUGAAGUCGCCCCUCUCUCUUGUACGAUUGAACUGUUUUUCCCGGUUUUUUGUUAUUUAAUACUUUUUUGCUGCUGCUUCGAUACACUGAUAAAAAAUACAAACAC